CGUAAUUGUCGGGAUUGUAAAAAAGAAUUAGUUGGCAAAUAUUAUCUUAUUACUGGUAUACCUCGCAAUGGUUAUGAAGCAAGCAGAGCAAAUUAUUGUGCUUCCUGUGAAGUGGGAGACAAAAUCGAAGAUGAAAUUAGCGAGUUUGAGGAUAAUUCAAUUCAAAAAGCCCGUCAAGAAUUAGAACCUUAUUUACAAAAAUCCGAAAUAGUAGAAAAAGCCUGA